AGGAAAGUGGUUGCAUUUGCGGGCGUCGCUUGGGGAGGUUUUAUUGGUCUUGUCCCAAAGUAAAUUGAAGUGAAAAGUCCAGGCUUCUGGCUCGAGCAGAAGUUCCGGCCAGGAGAGCUCACCCCCCCCCUCCGGCCCCCAUGGCGUCCAGCUUGGCGGAGGACCUGCUGUGCCCCAUCUGCCUGGCCCUCUUCCAGGAGCCCCACAUGCUGCGCUGCGGCCACAACUUCUGCCUGGCCUGCCUGCGCGGCGCCGUCGCCGCCGGCCAGGAGGAGGGUUCGUGCCCCGAGUGCCGCAGCCCCUUCCAGCUGCCGGAGCUGCAGCGCAACCGAGCGCUGGGCAACCUGGCCAGGAAGGUCCGCCGCUGGAGAGGGGACGCGCCGGAGCCCCUCCUGCCGCCGGGCAGCCUCCCCGACGCCUGGCACUUCUGCGAGGCCCACGACGAGCCGCUGAAGCUCUUCUGCACCCAGGACGAGGCGCCCAUCUGCGUCAUCUGCAGGGACCUCCCCGAGCACCGCGGCCACCACUUCUUGCCCACCCAGAACGCCGCGCAGGCGGCUCAGGGAAAAUUGAAAACAUACCUGAAGCACUUGGAGAAGAAUCUGAAGGAGGUGGCUGAGGAUGAAAGUGAUCAGUUGAAGGAAAUGGAGGCCCUGAAGAGCUGCACUGAAGACCUCUUAGUUGACAUUUCGAAAGGGUUUGAGGCUCUCCACCAAAUCUUGCUCAAGAAAGAACAAGGCUUUAAGCUGAUGGUAGAGAAAAUGAAUGGGGAGAACAAUGAGGAAAUGGAGAAUUCCUUAGACUCCCUGAAAAAAGAAGCGUCUUCACGUACGGAGACCAUUGCCAAAGUCAAAGCUGCAUUAGAAGCAACAGAUCAGGUUGCCUUCCUGAAGGGCGUGAAGGAGCUGAUGGAGCUAGUCAAGGAGGAUCACCAAGGAGAGAUAGAAGAAGAUGAGGAGACUGAGGAGAAAUCUGAUGGUGAAGCAGAAGAGAAGUCUGAUAAAGAUGCGGAAGAGAAGUCUGAUAAAGAUGGCAGUGGUGAGGAAACAGGCAAAGAGAGUGACGAUGAAGACAAUGUGGGUUAUGAACCAAAUGAGACCAAUCAUGAUUCAGAUAGGGCGAUUGCUGUGGAGCCAGUUCUUGAGAACUUUGGAGAGUCCCUGGACUUUAAUAUCUGGAAGAAAAUGUUGGAGGAUGCUGCUCCCAAGAGUAAAAGCGCUGGCGAACUUAAGAGAGCAAAGGCCAAUGAUCAAACCGCUGACGAUGUGAAAGUUAAAAAAGCCCGCGUUGAGACGCGUGGAGCGGUUCCUAACCCUGACGUGAUUGAGUUGGGACUUGCAGUGUUCCCCCUCCUGUCAAAAUUGUGGGAACACAAAAAGAUUGUUUACGAAAGCAUCAAAUUUGCACAAAAAAAGAAGAAAGAACUCGAUGAUAUAAACCAGAAAUUAUAUCUUUUUAGGAAGUUUAUAAAUCAUGAAUUAUAAACCAGCUAAUGUCUAUUUAGAUCAUACCAUGCAUGCUGCACAGGUGUGGGGUGGCUUAUCAGGAAACUAUAUGGUGUCAAACAAGUGACUCUGGUGUAGUUACUUAACCGGCCAAGGGGAUCACCAAGGAAAGCUAGAAAAUUAAAUUGAAAAUAAAAUUUUUGCAUUCUUUA